AUGGUGACGCAUCAGCAUCAGAAUUCCUGUAACCCGCCGACGGCGAUUCCCAUUGUUAGGUCUCCCCAUCAUAUUCACAAUCACUCGGCUUCUCCCCUCUCUCUGGAAGUGCCCUGUAGAAUUCGACUCUCCGACAUUUUGCCCUAUGAUGGAGCUCCUAUGGCCCCCUACGUAAAGGCUGUAGACACCUUGUCCGUGUCCCUCAUGCGCCACAACGCAGCUGUCAUUGAGCUGGGUCCCCAUGACGCCGCCCUCCUCCGCUGUGCCCUCGAUUCCGCCCGAUUUUAUUUCCGUUCCAAGAAAAGUGGCCGCGGAGUUUACACUUACAGGGCUGGAAGGCCUUUAGAAGAUAUUGAUUCAUCUCCACCAUGCAUGGCUGACAUUUUUAGAUGCAUGGGAAGGGCUGCUCGAGCAGCAUUAUGUGCAAUAGCGAGACACCUUCGACUACGAAGCGAUGUUUUCAAUCACUUGCUAGAUGAUAGCCCAUUGCCUGCUAAUGAAGCAUCUUCAUCAGUUCUUGUUGCCACAUUUCCCAACAUAUCCCCUCAACGAGGAAAAUGUGUAACUAUGGGUGGGAAGCCUGCAUUGAGUUGUGAAAUGGAGAAGGGGUUGUUAAUGCUGGUUUCCUCAGAUGCUCCAGGUCUUCAGGUUUGUGACCCUAAUGGCCGUUGGUACCAAGCAGAUAGUAGCAUGGCACCCGGGGACCUUUUACUUCUCACAGGAAAGGCUCUCAGCCAUGCAACUGCUGGACUUCGCCCUGCUGCUUCAUAUCGGGCCACGCCUGAUAAUCUUUUGAUCCCUCCAAGUGGUGGAAGGAUAUCACUGGCAUUUAGACUCAUGCCUCAAGUCAAUGCCAUACUGGAUUGUACUCCAAUUGCAGCAGCUGGGCAUGUAAUUCCUCAAAGCUAUGUGCCAAUAUCUGUAAGCCAGUUUAUGGAUGACCUAUCUGAUGUGGAAGACGGCAAUACUGAUCAUGCUUAUGUACCUGCAGAUAAUAUGAACAGGGAACCAUCAUUGAGAAGUGUCCUGUCAGAUCCCAUAUCUGGUGCAUUCCUUGAGGAUGCAAUGCUAGUAUCGUGUGGGCAUUCUUUUGGUGGUCUUAGUUUGAGGAAGGUCAUUGAAACUUCAAAAUGUCCACUCUGCAAUUCAGAAAUUGAAGCCGAGUCUUUGGUCCCUAAUCAUGCUUUGAGAGCAGCAGCUGUAGCAGUGAAGCAAGAAGAUGAACGCAGACUAUUUCAUAAUGCAACUCUUCGUAAACGCCGUAGAGAGGAAACUGGCGAUAUUAUUUCGGAAAAUGGGUCACAAAGAGGUGUACAAUAUCCUUUCUCAGUUAAUGAAAAGGUUGUUAUCAAGGGUAACAGGCGGACACCCGAUAAGUUCGUUGGCAAGGAAGCAGUGAUAACGUCACAAUGUUUGAAUGGCUGGUAUUUGCUUGAGAUAAUUGAGAGCGGGGAAAGUGUACGUUUACAAUACCGUUCCUUGAGGAAACUUCUGGUUUCCAAUGACUGA